GAAAGCACUGUCAGUGUCAUUUGGAAGAAAAUAUAUGAGUGAUGUUUAUUUUCAUUAAAAAAGAAGAACUCAUUAAAAAAUUAACAAAUGCCUUUGUUUAAUUUGUGAUGGAUAAAUCGAGCAACCGCAUAAUAGAAUUAGAAAAUAAAAAUGUCGGACGACACAGUCUCAGGCUUGCCCCAUAUUGACCCUGUCGACGUCAAUACUGCGGCGAAUGAAAAUAAUUCAUUAUGUGAUUUAUCUAAUGAUUCAGGCGCUGAAACCUUAGAAUCAUGUUCUGCAACGUAUCCCCCGUCUUCCGACUCGGAAAUAUCACCGCUAAAGUCUCCUGAUUUCGAUAAACAGGUUGAUAAUGAAGGGCUAAUGGAAGUCACGGAAAAAGAAAUCAUCUCCGCCUUUCCUGUAUCGAUAAGCUCAGAUAGUGAACAAAUUAGCUUUACAUGCUCCAUAGAACAAAGUAACGAUAAUUCAAAUAAAGAAAUGAAUACAAAUCAAUUGGAUGAAGAUAUCUGUACAAAUGAUCAAGCUUCCGAUAUUCCACUUAUAUCGGAGAAUAAAUCUUUGUCUGCUUCCGAGAAUAAUCUCAGUAAUAUUGUAAAUAAAGACAAUGAUAACAUAUAUAAAUCAAGUACAAGUUUGGAUGUUAUUGAUGAGAAAUAUACAGUAGAGUCAUCCAUUAGUAGAAGCACAGGUAACUUAACAAACGUCGAAGGCAACACAACCAACGAAUUCGACACUGAACAAAUUUUAAAUCAGUUCCAAAAUCAAAAACACAAAGUUGCCGCAACACAAAAAGUGUUGCCAGACAAUGUGCAAAUAGAUUUAAAAAGUAAAAUACCUAAAGAGAUUCUGUCGCAAGAUCUUGGUAGUAUUGUAAGAAAUGUGCAUGGCAUCUUCUCAUCUGUGAGUGGCAGUUUGAAAAACGCAUAUAACAACCAACGAGUUACACAGAAACCUGUAAAAACAAAGCAAUUGCCCCAAAGUAAAGUUCUAAAUGACAUAUUUGAGGAUGCAGAAGAUAGAGCUGUCAACAAACCGGAAAUUGCUCUGGAGACACAGGAUACUGUGAAAACUGAGGAAAUAGAUGAUACUGAUAUUAACAAAGAUGUGUUGAAGCUGCAAAUUGAAUCAUUGGAAAGAGUGUUAGCAGAACAGAGGAGAGAUAAUGCAUCAUUGCGAGAGAAAGUCAAUAAGCAAAUGGAAGAGCUGCAGGCAAAAGAUCAGGCUUUCAAGGAGUUGGAAGUUAAAAUUGAUAUGAUGUCGAAACGCACUGAGCAAGCGCAGCGCGAGAAAGACGCGGCCGUCAUGCGAUACGCCAGCCUAGAAUGCUCAGUGAUUGAAGCGAAGAGAACUGCUGAGAAUGCUGUUAAAGCUGAACGUUCGGCGAUCGCUGAGAAGGAGUUGCUGGUGAACAAAUUGAGGACGGCGAGAGAGGAGAAGCAGAGGAUAUGCCAGUUGUACGACGAUAAGUGCCACGACCUAGCGAACAGUGAGAAGGAAGUGUCGAAAGUUCGAGAAGAUAACAAGGAGUUGGAGGGUCGCUUGAAGUGGACACAGAGCAAGCUGCGCGCAGAGAUGGAUGCCUAUAAGGAGAGUGCAGAACGAGUUGAAAAGCUCUCGCAACAAGUGGCAGAAUUGGAAUCCGCUAAGGAAACAGCGUCUAUCAACGCCUCCGACUCCACGAGGGCCAAACAGUUGGAAUCGGAACUGAAGGAGAGUCAGGCUGCGCUUAUUUUAAGGAAACACGAGAAAGAGGAUCUCGAGAGGAGAUUGAAUGCAGCGCUGCAGCAAUUGGAUACGUGCAGGAGGGAAAGAGACGAAGCUAGCAGCGCUCUUGCUCUAACACAGGCUGAGUUGGAGCGAGUGAGACAGCAUGCCUCCAGUCUAGAAGAGGAGGCCGCUGAGUUAGCAGCGUUGCGCGCUCAAGCGGCGCUGGCUGAUACGCUGAGCUCACAGUUGCAGAGGGAAACGGAACUCCGUUCGCAAGCCGAGGACGCGCUGAACGCGGAGCGGGCGCGAGGCGAGACGUGCGCGAAGCGAGAAGCCGCCGCGCUCGAGCACGCCGCCCGGCUCACCGCCACGCACGUCGCGGAGCGGGCGCGCGCCGCGCACUGCGACGCGACGGCGCAAGCGUUGGCGGCGGACAACGCGUCGCUCAGGGAGAAGGUGGCCAGUUUGCUGCUCGACGUUGGCAAGUUGGAGGCGGCCCUGCGUGAGGAGACCGAGCGGAGGAGCAAGGAGACCAGAGUUCUCGCUAGAAAGGUGGCAGAGUUGACAGAGGAAGCGGCGGAGGCCAAUAAGAAGUGGGAGUGGGAGAAGGGGGAAGUGGGGGUUCUGAAGAAGAAACACGCCAGUGCCAUAAAGGAAUUGAACCGCGAACUGCAGCGUGCGCUGAAACGUGUCGAGCAGUUGGAGGCCAAGGUGCCACAGAACGGGGAUAGCACCUCCGUGAGGACGGGUUCGGUAACAUCACUUAGCAGCGGGGAGAGCGCCCCCCACGAAGAGGGGCUACAGAACGGGCACGCGGACAACUUGCCAGAUAUACAGGGCCGCUCGCCGGACCGGCAGGCGCUGGUGGAGCGCAUCGUGCAGCUGCAGCGGGCGGGCGCGCGCCGCGCCGAGCGCUGCGAGUUCCUCGAGGAGCACGCGCGCCAGCUCACCGCGUUGUGAGCUAAUUAUAAACCUAUUCGGUAUUCGAGCGUGACACAUACACACAUACAUAUAUCUAUCCCGCUCUAAACCGUGUGUUGUGCGCGUGAACAGAAAGAGAUAGCGCGCUUGGGCGGCGGCGCGAUGGCGGCGGUGUGGGGCGGCGACUCGGCCGGCAUCUCGCUCGAGCUGUCGCUGGAGAUCAACAAGAAGCUGCAGGCCGUGCUGGAGGACACUCUACUCAAAAACAUUACGCUUAAGGAGAACAUUGACACUCUGGGUGAAGAAAUAGCGAGGUUAAAAGGCAAGAAGACUACAGAAGCGAAGUAAAUCAUCGCAUUCCAUACGCUUAGAGAUGAAGGCUGUGGUUAUCUCAAAUGGAUAUCUUCAUUUAAUCGUAUUUGUGUCCAAAAUUAUUCUUGUUCGUGUGCAUUAAGAAAGCGACAUUUUUAAAAGAAGAAUACAUGCAAUUGUACUAAGGAAAUUCAUCGCCACUCUCAGUGAAUCUUCUUUUAAUUCCAUUACGGAAAAGAGGAGUUGCGAAUUGAUCUUUUUUUCCUUUUUAUCGAGGAGGAAAUCUUCAAAAGGUA